UCCGGGUGUGCGGUGUAUGUUGUUGCUUGUAAAUAGCGGAGUGCGUGUAACAGGUGGUGCGUUCUUUGUCUGGCGUGAGAUCGGUGAUGUCGCGUUGCUCUUGCACGAUGAUGCACAACGAGCAGGACGGCGACGACGACGACGACGACGACGACGACGACGACGACGACGACAGGCCGCGCGAUGACGUGGCCACGUGGUGUAAGCGGGCCCACGGCUUACGCAACGUCGACGCACGCGACGAAUGAGCGUCCCGCGCUUUUAUAGCCGCCUCACGAGCACGAGUCGUGCGCUCGUUGCAUCUGUCUCUAUUUCUAACCGUUUGCCCGUCCAAUCCGUUCCGCCUAAGAGGAGAGUCUCUCAGACUGAGAAAUGUCCGCGCAAAUCCGUCGCACAUAUUCACGCGUCUCGAGAGAAAAACAUUAAGCGUCGGUGCAAAGUCGUGGCUCGUUUUCACCAUGGGAUCGCAAUCUUGCGAUAAAACUCGAAGCCGGUCAUUCGAGAUAUCCGCAGGGCGAUUUCGAAAAAUAUUAACCUUUCGCCCUUGACUUCGCGACAAACAGUUGUAAACAACGAUCCGAAUCAAUCAACAGUCGCCUCGGCCUCGAUGCGUGAAAAUAUCCGCUCGUGUAAACUGAAAAUAUCAAAUUCGCCGCGUUUCUACCGUGAUUUCUUCAAGGCUGCAAGUUCGGAGAUUGUACAGGGCUCGGCUGGUAUCCCGCAGGCUGUCGGCUGCCACGUAAUCACACCUCGCUGAGCUCGCCGUCCCGACUACGCUCCGCCGUGCUUCGCCGCUACUAACUCGCAACACGCAAGAUGAACGAACGAUCCGCGGGGGAAAGCGCGUAGUGCGUCCACGACGAGUCGCAUUGCGAUGACGAUGAGAGGAGACGAGAUGAGAUGAGAACACGAGCGUGAACUGUGUGACCCCGGAAGAAGAGAAGAUCCCCUCGAAUCGAUUCUCGGGGAGCGUCGCGCGCGCGGUGUUGAUGCUGUCGAUUAUGAGAUACGAGCGUGUCCUUUCGUCCAUCAGCCACUCGACAGCGGAACGGAAGUUGACGACGGACUCGUGAUCAUCGUGAGCAUCGCGAGCCGAAGCUUCAUAGCCGUCGUCGUCGUCGUCGUCGUCGUCGUCGUCAUCGUCGUCGUCAUCAUCGCAACACGGAGCCGCGCGUGCAAGCGAAACGCAUCUUUCGCAGGAGACCUCGCACUCUGCCGACCGUUUCAGGAUGGACGGAACGACGAUAUAUAACGGUGCGAGCACCGUCGCUAGCUUCAUCAGUCUCGAGUCCACGAAUCUCAGUCUGACGCUGAGCAAAGCAACGGGCGGCGUCAUCGACGGCGACCUUGAUGUCUCGCCGGUGACCUUGUCGUCGGCCUGGUCCAGAGUGGCCCGGCUUCUGCUGCUGGUCUCCCUCGCCGUUUGCGGGAGCGUGGGUAAUGUCUUCAUGAUAUCUGCCGUGGUGGUGGAGGAUCAGCUCAACAAACGGGGAAACGCGUUCCUCGUGAACGUGGCGCUGGCGGACCUGAUGGUGACUGGCCUGGUAAUACCGGUCUCGGUGAUUGUAAUCCUGGCGGGCCACGCGGAGUCUCUGAGUACCUGCCGAUUCGAGUGGACCCUCGAGGCUCUCUGCUUCCUAGUGACCGUACUGACGCUGGCCACAAUCGCCGCCGAAAAUUACGCACGUCUGUGUCUGCCUGAGAGGUACGCCGGGCUGACGGCCUGUCACGUGACGACCACCAUCAUCGCCGUGUGGAUGAUCGCCGUGAUCGCCGUGGUCCUGCAAUCAUUCAUGGACGUGGGCCCAGACUUUUGUCGCCGCAGGCUCAGCGGCAUCGCGAUGGAACAGGCGAUAGGUGCGAGCGUGCUGGUAGGGCUGCCCGCUCUGACGACGAUUUUCCUCUACGUGAAGCUGGUGAUUCACGUACGACGCGCCACCCGGGUCUCGUACAAGCUGCCGGCCGCCACCUCGUCGGACUACGAGCUCACCAAGACGAACAUAUGCAGCUGCCUGAUGUUCGUGGUGUUUUGGCUGCCGUUCGGCUUGGCCGUGUCCGUCAAUUCCUUCAGACCGAUCAGCCCCCGCGUGCUCUACAACCUGGCCUGGUUCGCCCUGACCAAGUCCUGCUUCAACUACAUACUCUACGGCGUGGCGGACCGCCACUUUCGCAGCGCUUACGUCAAGCUCUUCCAUUACUGCUGCUGCAAGACGGUGAGCUUCUCGAGGAGGCCGCGCGGCGACGUGCGCCUCAGAGUGCACAUCAUUCACUCGUACGCAAGCCCGACGGGCCGUCAGGCCGGAGACAGGCCCAACGGACGUGAGAUCCACGAGCUCUAGAGGGUGAUCGAUAGGCGCGGGACGCGCUCGUGUACAGAGGACGCCGGCGGCGACGUCGAGCGCGGGGCGAGGCGGGCUGAGGAUGCAUGCCCCCCCCCCUCCCGAUGAAGAUGUCCACGGCUGCAGCCGUGCGUGACGCGACCUUUCGCGGGCAAACGAUUUUCCCGGGUUUUUGCCAGGUCGGACGAGAGAUCGUCGCGCGUCUCGACGCCGCCGCCGCCUCGUCGGCGGUAUACGGUAUGACCUUACAGGGAGGCAUUAAUUGGUUUGUCUCCCGCCUCGAUUCUCUCCCGACUCGCGACCACCGAUACGAACGGCGGAAUUAUUCGCCACGUUGGGCGUGGCCUCUGUUUCCGUUUUUACGAGGAUACCGCAGGAGCGAGUCCUUCGAGCCAGCCUCUCAGUGCUCUCUCGUGCUCGUGGAGACGUUGACGUCGUCGUCGCAUAAAUCUGCCGCGGUGCCACGGUUAUAUAUCGCCCGUUCUUUUUUCUAGCCGGUCUAAUCUAUCCGCGGCUAUCCGGGGUUAUUUUUCAGGCAGCAUCGUUAACAAUGGCUUCUACUGGCGAUAUUGUAUCUCGCGCGUAAAUUAAUGGAACCUUAAGGGAAAACAUCGGCACUAAGGUUAUUAUACGUGACGUAGUGAAUGUCGUGUCUAAUGUCUAAUGAACUAUCCGGGUCUGAUGGAUCCGAAGAGAUCGCCGGACGCGUUGGGAGACGUAUAGAGCUCGGAAGCGUGUACAUCCCGGCAUUUCCGACGCCAAUACGAAUGGUUGCCGUCCAAGGGGAAACGUUCUCUAAAACGAUAACUGUGGAUUUGCGCAUUACGAUCCCGUCAGAGCUCGACACCGCGCGCAGUCAGCGAAACGCCGCAGCAGCGUCACCGCUUCCGACGAAAGAAGUGUCGAAAAUGUCCGCGCCAAUUUGUUCCCCCCGUACUCCCACCGUAGACAACGCGCGACGGCACUUUUUUGAUUUUCUUUCCGAGAGCGAGAUGAUCCCGCGCACACACGCGGGGAUGUAUGUUCGAUUGUACGACUCAGCAGAGGCUGCUCCCGCUCUCAUCGGGCGUCGCGUUUUGUUUCUCGACUUUGUUGCAUCGUCUCAUUUAUCGCAAAACGUACUUUGUCGGCGUGGGAAAGCGGGAAUCCCCGAUCUCAUCUUGUAACAAGGGGAGACGGGUGUCUCACCCGCGACACAGCAUUUUAUCUGGCUGCGAGACAAGACGCGAAACGCGGACGAGAGGGAAAAUAAGGUUUUCCCAAUCUCGAUUAAAUUUCCCGGCGGAAAGCUUACCGGUAUUCCGCGAGGGAAGGCGAGAAAGGGGCCGCCAGCCGAAGUUAUACGCGCCGCCCGGUAGGAAGUAAUUUACGCCGGUGCGCUGUAACUUCGCUAUGUGUAUGCGAGAUUUAAGCUUAACGAAGACGCUGCUAACGUCGCGAACACCACAUCCCGAAUUAUGGCGGCUGCGCGGCAGUAAGUCGGCCGGUAGAUGAAAAUGCCGUAACGUUUAAAGAGGUACUUGGCGGCGCUCAUCAUCCUCCAAAGUUAAUAACAUUCCUGUAACGAGGUGAAGUCGCGUGGGUCGGGCGAGAGGAGCGAGUCGAUAAUAUAGAUGGCAAUAAAAUUGGUUAAAACUUUCAAUACUUGGCUCGCGUGUCGAUCUCGACACGUCGGGCAAUUUAGCGAGAUCUCGCUGGAAAAGAUAGUUUUCAGUCAAUUAUUAUGCAAAUCGAACACGAUCGCUCGCGGGGUAGGGGGGGGGAGAUGGGCACUUUCCAUCAAGUAAGGAUCAGAGCCAGAGGAUCAGAGCGUGCGGGCCAAGCACUGUAAUAGGCUUUUCGGCAGAGAUACGUGAAUUUUAAGGAUCGGUUUAUACAUAAGUUCGCUGAUAUGAGACAAAUCGACUGGACGUAAAGUAUUCCUCGCGCAAAGAAGCGCGACGCGAAUCGGAAAAUAAUCCUCUCAUGAUGCCGUAACGCUUACGUAAGCUCGUGGAUCCCCCAAAAUUGCCUCGUUCGUUUUAACAGACGCGUUCUCUCGUCUCGCGUAACGAAAUCGCGCAUCGCCGUUCUCGUCUCGAAACUGAAAGCCCACGUGUGACGCGCUCUACCUACGGUCUAUUUAAUUUACGAAGCUACAUAUCGAAGCACGAAACGUAAUUCUCGACUCAAUAAUUAAUUACGUAUUCUGGAUCUAGACAUAUCUGGCCCUCGCAAAUAACGGCCCUCAGCCGUCGGAAUAUCGAGGAGUACGCCACGCGAGAAAACAGGUAUCUGCACGGCGCUCAUUACUGCCCCCGUAACCCUCCCCGACGGAUAGCGGAGGAGAUAUAGCUGAGAGGGGCGUUCACGUGUAACCCGGAUUUAACGAAAAGUGUGAGAACUCACGUCCGAUGAUGAUAUCAUAUCGGCGCGGGAAGGAAAAAGAAAGAAGAAAAAAAAAAGAACGCGAGAGAGAUACGCGGAGGAUUAACUCGCGCGGAUACUCGUGUCUUCGUGCCGUGACUCGAUCGUCCCGGAGCUCCGCCGCGUAUUUCGUGCAAUCGGCCGGUGAAUAUUGUCGUGCCAAUUAUUCUGGAAAACGACGCCAUUCUUCAGCCCGGCUGGGUAAUUUGUUACGUACCGCGCGGCGAUGCGUUCGCUUUGCCGUGUCGCGCUCCUCGGGACGGGACACUGUUUCAGGGACCGCGAUUUAUUUAGUAGCGUCUCAUUGAAGGACACUCGUUCGCGAGUGACACCGGUAUUCGUUCUACGCGAGAAUGCGCUCGCUCCGUCCACACAGCAGGCCAGGCGCAGCUGCGAUCGCGAGUAUCGGAUUUGCGCCCGAUACUUCCCGGACUUGUUUCGGCAAUCCAUUUCGCCGUUUUUCCGUCACAUACCUGAGUAAUCGUCGAUCUGUACUUUGUACUUUUUAUAUUCGCCCACGGAUAAUUUCAUGUCUCGAAGUGGAGAGGGAGAGGGAGAGGGAGAGGGA